UUUCAGCUGAAGAUGACAGGCCAGGUGGCCGACAGAGACUUGUCCCCCCAUCGUCUCUCAGUGAAGACCACUGUGGAGGAGGAGCCAGAGAGGGAGAGAGCUGAGAGUACUCUCAGCAGAGUGCCAUCAGAAUGUGAUCAUGAUAAUGAUGACACAUCCUCAGAGCUGGCACGGGUGGCCGCUCUCGAUGGUGGAAACAACUCAAGGAACUCUUUUCAAGGACGGGGAGCUCUGUCUAGAUUAGUGAAUUUGGUGGUGAUUCUGAGGGAGUGGGCACACAGGAGCCUUGUAGAGGAGGAGGAGCGGCCAGACUCUUUCUUGGAACGCUUCCGUGGCCCUGAGCUCAGGACUGCCCCUAGUCGCAUCAGCAAUACGCAGCCUGAUGCCAAUGGCAACAAUACCAAAGGGAGAUUUAGGAAAAAAUGGGGUGUGUUCGUUGUGUCCCCAUCAGACGACAUGUACUACCGUUGGCUGUUUGUUAUUGCUAUAGCUGUGCUAUACAACUGGAUCCUCAUUGUGGCUAGGGCAUGCUUUGACAAACUGCAGACAAGCAAUUACAUCUGCUGGUUGGUGCUGGACUACCUUUCAGACGCUUUGUACAUCUUGGACACAUGUGUCCGACUCCGCACAGGGUUUCUGGAGCAGGGUCUGCUGGUGAAGGACCUCUCCAAGCUGAGAGACAGCUACGUCCGCACAUUUCAGUUCAAGCUGGAUGUCGUGUCCAUCCUACCCACUGAUCUGGCCUACAUAUCCACAGGAAUCCACACCCCAGAGCUCAGAUUCAAUCGCCUGCUGCGCUUCCCACGCAUGUUUGAGUUCUUUGACCGCACUGAGACACGCACAAACUACCCCAACAUCUUCCGCAUCUGCAACUUGGUGCUCUACAUCCUGGUCAUCAUCCACUGGAACGCCUGCAUCUACUUUGCUAUUUCCAAAUCUCUAGGGUUUGGCUCUGAUACCUGGGUGUACCCCAACAUCUCCAACCCUGAGUAUGGCUCCCUAACCCGGGGCUAUGUCUACUGCCUGUACUGGUCCACCCUCACCCUCACCACUAUUGGAGAGAUGCCUGCACCUGUACGGGAUGAGGAGUAUCUUUUUGUGGUCUUUGACUUCCUAGUUGGGGUGCUGAUCUUUGCCACGAUUGUGGGUAAUGUUGGCUCCAUGAUUUCCAACAUGAAUGCCACACGUGCAGAGUUUCAGGCCCGUAUUGAUGCCAUCAAACACUACAUGCACUUCCGCCGGGUCAGCAAGGAGCUGGAAGCACGCGUCAUUAAGUGGUUUGACUACCUCUGGACUAAUAAGAAAGCAGUGGAUGAGCAGGAGGUAUUGAAGAACUUGCCUAACAAAUUGCGGGCUGAGAUCGCCAUCAAUGUGCACCUGGAGACCCUGAAGAAAGUGCGUAUCUUUCAGGACUGUGAGGCUGGAUUGUUGGUGGAGCUGGUGCUGAAACUCCGGCCACAGGUCUAUAGCCCAGGGGACUACAUCUGCCGCAAAGGGGACAUAGGGAAGGAGAUGUACAUCAUCAAAGAGGGGAAGCUGGCAGUGGUGGCAAAUGACGGGGUCACACAGUACGCCCUCCUCACCGCCGGCAGCUGCUUUGGGGAGAUAAGUAUCCUCAACAUCCAGGGAAGCAAAAUGGGAAACCGCAGGACGGCCAAUAUCCGCAGCAUCGGCUAUUCUGACCUCUUCUGCCUCUCUAAGGACGACCUGAUGGAAGCAGUGACCGAGUACCCUGAUGCUAAGAAGGUGCUGGAGGAGAGGGGGAAGGAGAUCCUUAUGAAGGAGGGCCUCCUGGAUGAGAAUGCAGAGGCUGGCAGACUGGGUGGAGAGGACACUGAGGAGAAGGUGGAGAGGCUGGAGUCCUCUCUGGACACCCUGCAGACGCGCUUCGCCCGCCUGCUCAGCGAGUACACGGCCACACAGCAGCGGCUGAAGCGGCGCAUCACCAACCUGGAGCGCCAGCUGUGCCACACAGGCUGCGGGAUCCUCUCAGACGCAGACCUUUCUGACGAAGACUCAGCAUCUGAGGCUGAGGCAGACACUCUGGCUGCUGCCAAUACCGUUGAGCAGGGUGACCAUGGAAAUGAUGAGCCGACUGAAUCCACUGUUCAAACUUGAAAGCUGCCUGAGACCAUGGCUUUAGGCCUAGCACUUUCUAAGCACUUUCAAACUCACAAGGGUAUGCACAAAUGUACAAUAAAUGUCCUUCCUAAUAAGAAAAUAAUUUUCAUAUUAACUUUAUGACUGUUGCAUUAAGAGUACAGUGUCUUCAGAAAGUAUUCACACCCCUUGACUUGUUCCAUAUUUUGUUUUGUUACAGCCUGAAUAUUACAUUUAGAUUUUGUGUCACUGGCCUACACACAACACCCCAUAAUGACAAACUGGAAUAGGUUUUUUUCAAUUUUUACAAAUCAAUUAAAAAUGAAAAGCUGAAAUGUCUUGAGUCAGUAAGUAUUCAUCCCCUUUGUUAUGGCAAGCCUAAAUAGGUUCAGGAGUAAAAAUGUGCAUGGACUCACUAUGAAUGUUCUUGAGUCGUCUAGUUAUAGUUCUGAUUUAAAUUGGCUUGAAAAUCUAUGGCAAGACGGAUGUCUUGCAAUAAUAAACAACCAACUUCACAGAGCUUGAAGAAUUUUUUUAAUUCAGGUGUGCAAACCUCUUCGAGACUUACCCAGAAAGACUCACAGCUGUAAUUGCAGCCAAAGGUGUGAAUACUUAAAUAAAUGAGAUAUUUAUGUAUUUCAUUUUCAAUAAAUUUGCAAAAUAUUCUAAAAACAUGUUUUCACUUUGUCAUUAUGUGGUAUUGUGUGGUAUUAUGUGGUAUUGUGUAGAUCAUUAAGAGAAAAAAUCUAUUUAAUCAAUUUUGAAUUCAGGCUGUAACACAACAAAAUGUGGAAUAAGUCAAUGGGUAUGAACACUUUCUGAAGGCUCUGUAUGUAACAAACAUAACUGUGAAUAUCAAGUAUUUUCUUUGAGUUCAAUGCCAAGAUAAGAUGUAGAGUUCUUUAAGCAGAAUAAUAAUAAGAAUAAUAUAGGGUAGAGCAAUGAGUUGCAGGCGUAUACACACAAGUCACAUGCAGUCAUUUUCCACAUCCUUAACCCCGAAGGUAGGUUACAUGAGAACAGAUAAGCAGCACGGAGGGUAAGACUCAGAUCCUGGAGAGUGCCCUCAACCAACCUCAUAUAACUCUUACCUAAUGAUGAAGUGGGCCAACAACAGAGCAAUCAGCAGCCCCUAGAACAGUAUCUGUUGGAUUUCAUGGUCUUGGAGAUUUGUUGUAUACCCUGAAAACAUUUGGUAUUUUGACACAAUUUGAUUACCAUACUGUGGCCUGUAAUGUGUUUAGUAAUCAUGAAAAUAUUGUCUUUACAGCUAAUAGUUGUAUGACCAACCAAGUCUUUGAACACAGUUAACUAAUUCAUGGCAUAUGUGUUCUAAUGUGAAUUAAAAUGUUUGCAGCCCAACAGGGCUUACUCUAAGGUUACUCAUAACCCACUGGACACAAUCUGGUUGAAUCAACGUUGUUUCAACAUAAUUUGUCAACGUAUUGUGCCGUUGAAUCUAUGUUUGAAACAUCUGGAUUUGCAAAAAGUCAUCAACCAGUACUGUUUUCAUAUAAAUUCAACCAGCAUUGCAAACAUCGAAAUUAUGGUAAAACUUAAACUUAAAUACAAUGACUUAACCUGACUAACAGGUUGUUACAUCAAUCUAAUUUCAACAUAAUCAGCAAAACUAUCUAUACGUUGAAAUUGUGUUGAAUAUUCCUCGCAGAAUGGUUAAAAAUCUCACGUAGAAUCUACAUGGAAAUUGCAACUAAAUUAAUUUAAUGUGGUGUUGUAAAUACGUUUGAACAUGCAACACCAGAUCCAGGUCACAUUUUCAUUUUCAUUUAGAUGUUGACAUUUUUGCAUAUUCUUACUAUUUAAUCAAUGUCUGUUUUUCAUCCUAUAUUCA